AUGAGUAAAUGGGAUUAUGAUUAUGGAAAUGAUACCGACGAUGGAACCAAUUCCGGGUUAAAUUCCGUUCGUAUGGCUAAUAACACAAAUUCAAGGACUGUCGAUUGGCUGUACCAUAACUCUGACGAAGAAUCUUAUAAAGAAAGUUCAGUAGAAUCAGAUGGCACGAACGACGAAUAUAUCAAUAAGUAUAAAACAUAUCCUAGAUGCUAUUCUAGAAGGGAAUCUAUAAAUAGUAAUCUUAAUGCCACCAUGCCUAUAACUAAUAGUGAAAGGGAUAUAGCAACUGCUAGGCUGUCUAGAACGUCAAUGUCAAGUGGCAGGAGAAAGAGUGCAAAUACAAUGUAUCUUCACUUCCCUAAGCCAUUUUCUAGGGCAGGAUCUAGAAUGUCAAGUAUGCUCAAAUCUGAAAGACGUAAGAAGAGAUGCAUUAAGAGGAACAGAAUAUUUAAGUCUAAUAAAGCAAAUGUAUCGAAAAAACCUGUGUCUAAAGCAUGGAAAUUGUUUAGAUGGUUCAUAAUCUUUAUACUUAUACUAAUUAUUACAAUACCAACAGCAAUAUACUUUAAAGGCAAUAUUAAUGAAAUGCUUGUUGAAUCCAAAUUCAAACCAAUCCCCGGCCUCUACGAUCCUCGUUCAAUGCUUGGUAAAAAUAGGAUACAGACUAUUCAGGUUAUCAGUGCAUAUCCCACGUAA